CCUGCCUCCAAAGUCGAGCGAUUUUAAUGACCCAGAAGCGGUUGCAUUACCUUUCCCCUCUGACCUGCAGAGGACGUGGCCAGGAACGGCAGCGGCGCGGCGGGGUGGAGUUGCUGACCGACACUGGCGGCGCCUCGGUCGGUGCAGCCCGGAGCCCGCUCACUGGAAUCCCGGCCCGGGAGGGCAGAACCCCGCCGUCAGCCCCGUCAAUCAACGGCCGCUAGCUCCCGGGGCGCUCUGUCUGCACGGCAGCGGCUCCUUGGUGGCCAUGGCUCCGAUGGGCAUACGGCUCUCCCCGCUCGGCGUGGCCGUGUUCGCAUUGCUGGCUGUCGGCGUGCUCUAUCACUUCUACUCGGGCUUUCUGGCUGGCAGGAUCGCCAUCUUCAGGAAGCUGCCCGGGACGGACAGAAUCGAUCUGAGAGAGCUGCUGGCGUUGUCGGUGGAAGCCGCCGUCCGGGGAGGAGAAGAAGUGAAGCGAGUAAUGGAAGAGGGCAAGCUCCACGGCAAAAGCAAAGGGAAAACUAAGGAAGGGGCCGACGAGAUGCUCACCAAUGGAGACUUACUGUCACAUCAGAAGAUGUAUCAUUUAAUUAAAAAUACAUUUCCAUCCAUACAGGUGUACUCUGAAGAACAUGAUACCAGUGUCGUACCAGAAAUUCCUUCAUGGGAUCAUGUAAUUCCAAAGGAAAUCCUGGACAAAACGACCACAACUGAAGAAGUCUCCUCUGACAGCAUUACAGUAUGGAUUGAUCCUCUUGAUGCUACCCAGGAAUAUACAGAAAAACUUUUGCAUUAUGUUACCACAAUGGUGUGUGUAGCCGUGAAUGGAAAACCGGUUAUUGGAGUAAUACACAAGCCAUUUGGUGAUUUUACAGCAUGGGCAAUGGUGCGUGGAGGAUCAAAUGUGAGCAUGCGCAAAUCAUACAAUGAGAAUAAUCCCAAAAUUAUAAUAUCCCGGUCACAUACAGGCACCGGUAAAGCAUUUGCUCGGAAGGCAUUUGGGAAUGACAGUGAAAUUAAAGAAGCUGGAGGAGCAGGUUAUAAAGUGCUGUCCCUGCUGAAUAUACCUGAUGAUAAACAACCAGACCAUGCUGAUGUGUACCUGCACGUAACCAAUAUCAAGAAGUGGGACAUCUGUGCUGGCAAUGCCCUUUUGGAAGCACUUGGUGGUCAAAUGACCACUCUUCAAGGAAAGGCUAUUGACUAUACUGAUAGUGAGUUGAAUGAAGGUGGAAUUUUCGCCAGUAUUGGUGUCUCUCACAAAACAUUGCUUGAAAAAUUGCCAGAUUUGAAAUCUAUUAAAACCCAGUAGAAAUUCCCAACUAGUUAUUUCAAUGUAAAAGCAAAAAAAGUGCUCAUAAUUGGUCUGAUUUAACCUUUAUCCUCUUGCUCUUGGAAUCAUUAAGCAAAUUUCUGUGAAUGAAGGUGAGAGUUUAAACUUGGGUGGCUUUGCAGAGCAAGAAAUGGGUUUCAAUUGGACCAAUCCUGAUUGUAAGAUCGCAAAUUCGGGCAGGUGAGCAGUGUUGCUGGGUUUGUAUAAAUGGUAGCCAAAUUUAAUGUAUUAAUGUGAAUGUUUAUAUGUUUAAGUUAAUAAGUUAUGGGUGGUAGAAUUAUGAACUUGUGAUUUUAGAUUCAAUUAUAUUCAAACAAUAGUUUAAACUACUGUUUAAAAGCUAGAUUUUUUUUCUUUCACCUAAUGCAGUUUGGAUGAAGCAUUAAGAUAGAAAACUGGAUUUUUUAAAAUAACCUUUAUACAAAUAGAAAUUGAAAGUAUCCAAAAUGAAGAAAACACUUUCUUUCAUGAUUUUUCAAGGUACCCUUAACCUACAGUAAAUAAGUAAAAGCCAAUGUAAUCAUUCCAUUGUUUUCUAAAUUUAAAGAAAAGUCAUUGUCAUAUUUGAAUUGAACCUGGCUUGUGCAUUUUGGCACAAUUGCUUGGUUAAAUGAUCACAACGUUAUAGCUUGGCAAUAAUGAAUGAUUAGACAUGCAAACCUAUAUUAAGUAGGAUGAUAGCGCACUGGAAUUUCUGUGUUUUUUGCAUCCUUAUCCCUCUGUAUUUCUCCCAUAGACACUGUCUUAUAUGUUAUAAUUAAGCCUUGGGUACCCUGAAUAUAGGACCAAUUAUUCUGGGUAUACUUCGAUAGUGAUGGUGAUUCAGCUUUUCUAGCAUUCUCUGCCGCAUAGUGGAUAGGAACUGGAAUGCUACUUGAAACUAGCUGGAGAACCAUCCCUUACUCUCCCAACUGAAAUUGGUCAGCCUAGUAUGGAUUGAGGCUUGAAACUUGUGCACCAUGUUAUGUACAUAUAGCUGGGUACUAUUAUAGGCAAUAUAUUGCUAAUUAAGCCAGGAUUAACUAGGAUUGUGCUAAAUCGAAACCCCCACAUUCAUCAGGAUUGUGCCAAAUCGAAAUUUAGAGUUAAAUCAAAAUAAUCCAAUAUACAUAUAUCUUGCAGUCAAACACAAUCUGCUUUUUACUUGUUGAAGGUAAACUUCAAAGUAACAAUUGCAAAGACUGGCGCAAAGAUGGAAUAAUCAAAUUUGAGUCAAAAAUUUCUUGGUACGUAUUUCAGAUCUUUAAUAACAGAUCGGAACAUUGUUAUUAUUCUUCCAAUAAUUGAAUAGCCUUCCAGCCAAAUAGAGCAAAUCUUGUGUUUUGACUUCUAUUAGUGCUUUGAUUACAUCCUGUCCUUGCUCACUGUUUGUCUAUCUGUCCAACUGCUAUUCGUGUUUUCAGACAGAGCCACACAGUUAUUUAGUGGGUUGGUCUUUCUAUGUAAAGAGAAGUAUUUGUGAAACUAAAGUAGUUCUUUAAUUUUGUGUGCAUUUACUGUCAAGUAUAAUCUAAGGGAGAUCCAGUUAUUUUUAAAAUUUCUUGCAUCAUGUUGAUUUUAGAAAGCUCUGGCUUUGCAUUCUUACACAGCUUGAAGUAGAAAAUAUUUCAAUUUGCAGCUUUCCUAUUGCAAUGGCAUUGUCUUAUUUUUAUUAAUAACUUAGGUUGUCUAUAUUUUGAAAAUAGUGCUUCAUCUCUAGAUUACAUUACAAACUUUAAUAUAUCAUGGUUCUGAGUAUGUCAUUGAUAAAAGCUAUCCACACACAAGCCUCUUGGAUGACUCAAAAUUUAUUUAGUGUGAUUCUUAGACCAGAAGUCCCUGGUUUGUUCUCCAGGGUUUUCUGAAAUAAGGAGUCUGAUUUCAUCUUGGCAUUGCAAUGAGCCUUGAUGGCUCUGAUUGGGAGGAGAUGUAGUUUGGUUUCAGGCUGCCCCAUUACCAUCCUUCUGUUCUCUUCUGGAAAUGUGCAUUUUUGAUACUCAUGAGGCUCUACUGCUGAGCACCAUUUCUGCCUUUGGACACUGUAAAGGCAGCUGUGAAUAAUAAGCCAUUCGAGGAAGAUACUGUGGACCUGUAGCCCGGGGAAGAACCCAAUGGCAGGGUGGUGUGGGAGAGAAAAAAGCAUGUAAUGAAAUUGGAACAGAGGUUAUUUUCCUCUGUGCCAAAGUAGCAAUUUCCUAUGUGUUUUUAUAUAUAUACUAAAAAAAAUUAAUGACUGUGUAAUUUCUAACAGCUAUUAUAAUUUGCCAAUGUAGACUGAAUUCUGAAUGCAAGUAUACUGGUCUUGUUUGACACUACUCUGCAGAGCACUGAUCUGUUACAAAGUUCUUGGUCCUGGGAAAAAUAUUUUUACAAAAAAAUUAGAAAACAAAAUAAAAGAAUAAAAUUGUGAAAGCU